CGCGACGGCGACGAGCCCCGACGAGCGCGUCGUUUAUUCCGCCGGCGAUGGGUACUGCGUACGACGUCAAAGGAAAAGCGAAGCACUUGAUAGCUAAAUUACUUGAUCUGCCGUAGUCAGAGGCAAGCAAACCCAAUGAUUCGGGUUCAUCUUCAGCGCCGCAGUUUCCAUCCAGGCCAGAAACGAACAAUCUAGACCUUAUACGACCGCUUCAAUCUCUUUCACUCUCUGCAGAUGAUCGGCCCAAUACAACCUUUGUUGGGGGUUUCAACCCAAAUUCACCUCAUCACCAUGCAUCAUUGCCUCGCCCUCCAGGUAUGCCUAUUCCCCACGCAAACCAACCUAGAAGGUCGUCUUUGACAAUGCACUAUGCUCUUAAUCCACCGAACUCAAACCCGAAUUUCUUGACACCCAAACACACCACCGGUUCCCCGCCAUCGCGACCGAAUUCCGUGCCUAAUUUUCCUAAGCCUGUAUUUGCCAAUCCGUAUCCUUCAGCACCCUCUACUCCUAACGUAGUGUCCGGGACCUCUAUUGCAAGUAAGCCAUCCACCCCAACUGUCGACACGGGCACGGGAUCAUCAUCGAAUUCAAGUAAACCCGAUAAACCUAAACGCCAACGAGCCUCUUCAACACCACCAUCUCCAACCUCCAAUACCGCUGGUGCAUCGGGUCAGAUACAAUGCUCUGGUGUCACAAAAACGGGGAAACGUUGUACGCGACUGGUCAAGAACGGGCCCGCUCUCACCGGCGUGAUGGGGAGCAACACGAUAGGCGGGCAGACAAUAGAGAGGUUUUGUUUCCAGCAUAUGAAGGAGUUGCUGCUACCAACGGGAUUUUAUGCUCGUAGUCAGACUGCAGGAACCCAGGAGUGGGUUGACUUUACCGACUAUAUACCGAACUAUUUGCAUCCAGACACACAAGUUGCGCUGCGCGUUGAAAUGGAGAAACAGAGAUCGUCCUCUGAUAUCGAGGGAUAUAUCUACACUUUUGAAAUACGCUACCCAAAUCCUCAGAAUACCAUCAAGCUCAAAGUAGGGCGUACCAAUAAUGUUGUGAAGAGGCUCAACCAAUGGGGCAAACAAUGUGGGUCGAAAGAGCAGGUUUUACGAGGGUGGUAUCCUGGCACUGUCGACCCAGAUAGUGACGACGACGAUACCGCAGGACAAAGCCUCAUGAGAGGUCGUGUUAGAGCGGGUGGAAAGGGCAUAUGGUGUCAUCGAUUAGAACGUCUGGUUCACUUGGAGCUCGCUGAUCUAGCCGUGAAUGAAGCGUACCUCAAACCGGGUUGGAAACCUUUUGCAAAAGGAAAAGGAAAGGGCAAGUUCCAAGGCACCGGACAAACCCAAGCGACCAAUCCGACCUCUCCCUCUAUGGUGGGAUCCCCAAGAAAGGGGGCAGGAAAGAACGGUAAGAAUGCGGCUGGUGUCUUUACGAAUGGAUUAGGGAACGGCGGUGGCCUUUGCAAGGACUACAAGGUGGGACAAUACACAAGGAAAUAUUUGAAUUCACCCGGUUUGAAAAAGGCCCGUAUAGGGGUAAAGAAUGGGAGGUGCUUGUGAAAAGGGUGAUUGACGAUUGGGGUGAAUUUGUGAAAGAAUAUGUUUGAAGCAAUUGUACUUUUUCGGAGCUGGCCUCAUGGACGUAUUGUUAUUGUAUAUGCUGUCUUGUCAGAGCUUUCGGUGUUGUGUUUCCUGCUCCCUAACUAUCUCGUUUACCUUUUCAGCUAUUUCAGUGGGAUGUUACUUGAAUUGAUGUCAAACAACCUGGGACCACCU